UCCAGAUGUAUGUUACUUAUACAUAUUAAACAACUUAAUUUCUUUAGUUUAAGAACUCAAUUGGUUCGACUCUUUCCCGUCAGCACUAAUCAACGUGGGGAAGCGUUGUGUCAUAAAUGAGGGGAAAUCUUGACAAUGGUGUGGAAAGACUUAAUAAGUGUCCUCUAAAGCAAAACAAUGUGCUUGCUGUAUGUCUAUGAAACGCUAGAUCCAAUAAGAUAAUCGGUGUCUUAUUUGAAGGUACAUUUGUAAAAGCUACUGAAAUCCCAGUCUGGGAAACUGACCCUUUGUGUUCCACAGAAGACAUGAGCCACACCAGUCACCAGAGAGUCUUUCAAGGAAAACCGACUCAGUGCUCUGACCGUUCAGUCCAUUGCAUCAAUGAUGGUUCACACCUACUUUCUCGACUAUAAAUACCAGCCUAAACAACCGUGUGCAUUGAUGUACUUCAGAAGUGGCCACAUACUGACCGCUUAUCUUUAAACAAUUAACACAGCUGAAAAUUGAAUUGUGUAUUUUUCUUAACGGCACACAUGGCGGUUCAGCUCCUCGGAUAUAUUCUGUCCAUCGUUGGAUUAUGUGGGUUGAUUUUUGCCACGUUUACGAAUGAAUGGAAAGUUUCCGUGCACGAUAAUAAGGAUAUGGUGUUAAUGGACUUCAGCGAAGGCCUGUGGAUGGAGUGCAGUACCCAUGUCUCUUCCCCUCAGUUCAUGUGCAACAGUUACACUUCCAUCCUUUAUCAGUCAGUUAAGCUUCAGGUGGCAGAAGCAAUGAUGAUCAUCAGCAUCGGGCUUGCCGGCGUUGGUGUGCUGGUUGCCGUCGCUGGCCUCAAGUGCACAAGAUGUCUGGAUGGAGACAAUCGGUUGAAAAACAGAGUCGCUCUUACGGGGGGGAGUUUUUUCAUCCUCAGUGGUCUGUGUGCUUUGAUAGUAACUAGUUGGUUUAUUUAUGAAAUUAUGACAGAUUUCUAUGCGAAGGAAUCAAAUGAGCAAAGGUAUGUUGUAGGCAGAUCACUGAUUGCUGGAUUUGUUGCUGCUUUGCUUUGUUUAUUUGGAGGCAUGCUCUUAAGCAUCUGCAGCGCAACACGCAUGCAAUCCAGCAGUAAUGUUAUUAAACAUCCGACAUCCAAGAGUCCUGGAAAAGACUAUGUUUAAGCACCAACAAAACAAAGAAUUACCAUAGAAAGUUGGGCGUCAUAUGUAAUUUUAUGCCAUUCACUAUAAGGCGGAGUGAAUAAAAUCCAAAAUGCACACUGGUUAGGAAAAACGAAACUAUUCGGUGUGUUUAUGAGUUGUGUUCGUAGACAAGCAGAGGUAUAUUGCAUUUCAGUCAACAGUUUGUGUUGUGGUUGUGUUAAAAAUUAAACCGUAACACACUCACAAAACAGCACAAGUAUAUUUACUUAAAAUAAAUGAACUUCUUAUUUAAUAUGUUUUUUUUUACUAACAACUGUGUAGUCUUAUUUUGUAUGAGUGAACU